CAGUCGAUUCAUCAGUUUUGUACGGAGCGUGUGUCGAGUCAGUCGUCUCUAGCCGUGCGUGUUCCGAGAACUGUCUCUCUCCUUGUGUACCACCAUCACCAGCAGCAGCAGUGCAAAGUGACCCGCAGCUCCACCCGUCUGCAAAGGAACCGCGUUCAGAACUAGAUCAACGAAAGCUACCACCACACAUUCUAAAAUGGCACCACCAUUGCCGGAAGAGAAUCCCGUCUACUCGCCCUUCUUCGGAGUCAUGGGCGCAGCGGCUGCUAUCGUGUUCAGCGCCCUUGGUGCUGCUUAUGGAACAGCUAAGUCCGGUACCGGUAUCGCCGCCAUGUCGGUGAUGCGCCCCGAGCUGAUCAUGAAGUCGAUCAUUCCCGUUGUCAUGGCGGGUAUCAUUGCCAUCUACGGUCUGGUCGUUGCUGUGCUGAUUGCUGGUUCCUUGGAUGAGCCAACGAAAUACUCGCUGUACAAGGGCUUCAUUCAUCUCGGCGCCGGUUUGUCCGUAGGUUUCUCUGGUUUGGCUGCCGGGUUUGCCAUCGGUAUCGUCGGUGAUGCCGGUGUCCGUGGUACUGCCCAGCAACCCAGACUGUUCGUCGGUAUGAUUCUGAUUCUCAUUUUCGCCGAAGUCUUGGGUCUGUACGGUUUGAUUGUCGCCAUCUACCUGUACACGAAAUAAGCUAGCAGCGGUCGGUGGAAGUCGACGAGAGAGGGUUACAGUCGGAGGAUAAGGGUAGUGCUUUAAACAUCUCCCCGCACUCUCUGACGUAGUAGUAGCGCCAAAAAAAAAAAUGAGAACAAACAAUCACGGUACCCGAAUCAACAACACCAGUAAUACUGUGGCGGGUUACAGCAGCAACAACAAGCAAACAAUCGAAGAAGAUGCAGAGUAUGUAGCAAAGUCUAGAAGGAACCUAUCAUCGUCAUUGCUGUUAUCAGCAUAGUGGAGCAUGCCAAGGGCAUGGGCAAACUUGCACGACGCUAGACAUGCAGAACUUCCUACUAUUAUUUGGCGCGAUCACCAUCAAAACAUCUGGAAGGCAUCUGGCAAGAAACGGAUAAGGUAUGCAUCGGAGUAGCUAGGGAGAAGAACGGGGGCUGCUGUACCAACAAGAUACAUACUUUACACGUCAUCUUAGGAUAAAGUAAAGCAGAAUAACACCGAAUCGAAUGUGACACAAAAAAGAUGUCUAGUGCGUGAGAGAGAAAGAGAGAGCACUCGACACAACUGUGCUCAAAAACUGCUUGACAAUGAAAUACAUCCUGCAGCGGCUCCUUAUUCUCUCACGCAAACAAUGGCCAAUAAUACAUAACACCUGGAGGAGCGCUCAUUUGAUCAUAUCGAGCAACCUGUCAUCACUGAGAUAUGAAGCGUAAAGGGACAGAUACCGAUAGCGGUAUGGUAACCAGUUAUUGUCGUCGAUCAAGGAUCCUGUGUGCUUGAUCAACCCCUUCACAGACUGUCCACUUUGGUGGGCGGCGAUGUGAAUUGCGGAUACAUGUACCCUUUUCGGAGCAGUCUGGCGUUGGUUGCACCACGCACGAACCAUACUUGCAAAACUUCCGGAACUAAAGCAAAAGACUAUUUGUAUUUAUGUAAAAUAAUGUGUAUUUAAUUGUAAACUUAAUUUAUGUACAUGUAAAUUUUUCCACACAUUACACUCUCCUCCCCGCCAUCAGCGGCACUCGCACAUGCUCGCAGACACACACACCACAAGAAUCUGAACUCGUUUCUAAAGGACCUACGAUCUUCCAUUGCUUCGACGAAAGCUUUAGUUUGGAGUACAUUUUUUCCGUUUUCCGUUUCACCGGUUUGUGGAAUCCAGCAAUUGGUUUAGCGAACGAUUCCACAUUUAACGUGGAGAGGUGCCAUUUAUUUGUGGCGCAAAUAUCUAUUUUCUUCGUCAACCGUCGUGCGGCUCACAUUCUUGUGGGUGGCAAAGUUGGGCAAUCUCCGUUUCAUAUUUUUUCUCAAAACAGCUUUCAAAAGAAAACAACAGCAAACGAAGACCAAGGGAUUUGUUGAAGUAUUCGUUAAUUUGGUUUUGCGAAGAGGAAUUGGGUGUGUGUGUGUUUGUGUUUGUGUCUGUGCGAAAGUGGCAAGUAGUAAGUGUGUUGUGUACUAUUGAGCUAAAGUUGAACACUUUUUUGUCACUUCAUUACCAGAAGCAUAAAAACCGAAAACAGACCAAUCCAUGUUGCGAAAAAAGAUCUUCGAACCGUCAAGAGGCAACUACGCGGAGGAGUAAGGUCAGCGAAAGAAGACUAAAGAUCAAACCACCAACUAGCUUCCUACCUACUCCAGUGUCUAGCAGGAAUGGAAUCACGGAAAAUAAGAGACUAAUCUUGAAGAAGGGAAAACAACAGAAGAACUAUCAUAUGCGUUCGUUACACAUGUUCGUUACACAAAACCACACAUAAGCAAAUGUAAUAUUACCGAUCAUCAUCAUCACUGAGCGACGAAACGAUUAUUGCCUAAGUCUAAUGGGAACAGAAUAUGUUAACUGAGAACGGGAUUGACAUCAACACGCGGUAGUAAUCCACAGAUAACAUCUUUAAGAUCUGGCGCAAUUACAUGCCGGUGGCCUUUGCUCUGGGGGACCGGUGGAGAGGUUUUUGCUGCAUACCCAACAGCACAUUCUGCAACAAAACCUAUAUAAGUUACAAAGCAGUUCAACAAACACAUUGUUCACUGUAUGGCGCAAAGGACGAAGAUUGUCUACAGACGAGAAAGAUAAUAGGGCGAGAGAGAGAGAGAGAGAGAGUUUAACAUCAUCAACGUUAUUGUUUUUAUUUUUCACGGUAUCUUCACGGAAAACAACAAGAGAGAGAAAGAGACACACACGCAAGUAAAAUAAAAAUGCACACGCAUACCUUAUACGUAUGAUAAAACAACAACGUCGUUAUCAUAACAGAGACGAGGAGGUCCUUAGAUCCUUAAUAUCGUAUGCUGUACAUAGGCAGAGUUCAUCAAGAAGAAGAUCAAGAAAAGAGACACACACACACCGAUACAAAACGAUAAACAAAUGCUCUUUAACAUCUAAUGUGCCUGCUGAUGGUGAGGUGAGUUAACAGCAAAUUAGGGUUCCGAACAAAGUGGCAAGAAGGCUUCCCUUUGAAUGCGCGUGGUACGGUGUCCCCCUUUUCGCUUGUCUAGAUGCUGAGACGAGUGAAACCGGAUGUGGAAGCCAUUUUCCCGCUUUGUCCGCCGGAGUGCUCCCUUUUUAUCCCCACCGCACAGGUACAUGUAGAGCAACGAACCACCAGCAUAACUGGUGCAAUAGGCGAAGGGAUGGUGCUAACUCAACAUCUUCUACAACUCCCUUUCUUCCUGCACUGAACGGAAGUGUACGGAAAAUGGAAGAUAUAUGGGUCAACGAAAAUGCUGGAACAUCAACAGCUUCUGGAGCACAGCCCAUCCAGGGAGACCCCGACAGGAAACGGAAACUUAUUAAAAAUAUGAUUGGGUUGUGGGGGAGAGUGAAAGCGAGUGAGCGGCGAGGAGAACAGUGAGAGCAAACGAGGAAGCUUUAAAAGUUAGUACACGAAGAUCCAGCUACUAGUAGCUUGCCGCAACAAAUACCUACUACCUUACCGAUACCAUCUAAUUACUUUUAUUGAUAAGUUAAAGAAAGGAACCACGAUGUAAUCGAAAGACAAAGUGAGAGAGCAAGCGACAGAUGGAGAGACACACAAACAAGAUCAACACGAAGAAAAAGAUAACCCCUUGGAGCUCUAGUACUAACACGGGGCGUGCAAGCAAAAUCCAAUUGCAUGAAUCUACCGAAGCAAAUGACAAUUGCGGACACCAUCAUCUGUUAAAGAGGAGACACACGAAAGAGAGACGACGGGAGAAGAUAAUCAAUGAAAAAGUGAAAAAAUAUGAAAAUAAAAAAGAGAAAACAGAACAAGGAA